AAAUCAUACAUUUCCAUGGCGAUUCUCGCAUCACUCCCAAAUCCAAACCUAUUCUCAUCCCUCCCCACCACCCCACCACCCUCCGCCCCCUCCCCGCCCCCCAAACCCCCAAUUCCACCCCCCAAAUACCCUCCGCCUUUAAAAUCCCAGCGCCGCCAAAACCCAGACCCUUCCACCAACCCCGCCUUCACCGCCCACCACCGCAGCUCCAAAUACUACAAGCCCGUCAAGCCCGGCCAGAAAAUCCAACCCGACAACGACGACCGCGCCGUCAUCGUCGGGCAUUCCGGAAUCUCCUACCACUUGCCCGGCGCCCCCUUCGAAUUCAUGUACAGCUAUUCCGAGACGCCUAAAGCUCAGCCCCUGGCGAUGCGGGAGCCCGCGUUCCUGCCGUUCGCGCCGCCCACGAUGCCGCGGCCGUGGACGGGGAAGGCGCCGAUGAAGAAGAGCAAGCGGAAUAUCAAGCUUUUUGAGCCGCUGGGCGGCGGCGGCGGCGAUGAGAAUCCGAAUGAGAAUAUGUGGUCGAAGCGGUACGAGAUGUUGAGGGGUUAUGAGAUGGGGAAAUUCAAUGUGCGGCCGAGGAAGGAGGUGUUGGGAGCGCCGCUGCGGAGGGAGGAGAUUCGAGAGAUGGUGAAACCCUUGUUGUCUAGUAAUAAACAGUUGUUGUGUUUCAGUUUCUUGAAAGUUGCAUUUCUAGAUUAUCCAAGUGGGAUCAUGUCUUUUUGUUUCGAUUUCAGUCGAGAUGGAUUAACACAUAAUAUGCUGGAGUUGAUACACACGCAUUGGAGGCGACAGCCCGUUUGCAAAGUCCGUUGCUUGGGUGUCCCGACUGUUGACAUGGAUAACCUAUGCCGGUGCGUUGAGGAAAAAUCCGGUGGCAAGAUCAUUCAUCGGGUGGGCGGGGUGUUGUAUCUGUUUCGUGGCAGAAACUAUGAUCACCAGAAACGGCCUCGCUUGCCUAUCAUGCUUUGGAAACCGGCUACGCCUGUUUACCCGAAGCUCAUACAAGAUGCACCGGAAGGGCUGACGAAGGAAGAAGCAGACGAGUUGAGAACGAAAGGGAAGAGGUUGCUCCCAAUCCGUAAAUUAGCGAAAAACGGGGUUUACGUCACCUUGGUGAGGGAUGCGAGGACCGCGUUUGAAGGGUCGGAGUUGGUGAGGAUAGACUGCAGAGGGUUGCAGCCUAGUGAUUACAAGAAGAUAGGAGCUAAGUUGAAGGAAUUGGUGCCCUGCGUGCUGCUAUCGUUCGAUGAUGAGCAAAUACUGAUGUGGAGAGGAAGGGAGUGGAAAUCCAUGUACCGGGACGAGGUUCCUCGGAGAUACCUACCUUCUGCUAAUGGCUCGAGCCCUACCGAUCUUUCCGAUUCGGAGUCGCCCCGGAUAAGCCCUAAGAUGAUGGCGUUGUGGCGAAGGGCCGUUGAGUCGGGGCAAGCGUCGAUUUUGGACGAGGUUGAUGUGAGCCCGGACGAGCUUCUGUCGAAGGUGGAGGAGUUUGAGAGCGCGUCUCAGGCAAUCGCGCACUCUUACCCCGCCACGAUCUAUUCAAGUGGCAAGAGCUCGUCGGCUUCGAGAGCCCUAGUUAAAGAAGAUGAGGAUGAAGAUUUUAGUGAAGAUGAUGAUGAAUCUUUUGAUGCAGUGGAAUCUCAAGUUCCACUAGGAUCACUGCCCAUUGAUUUGCUAGCAAUGCAGCUCAGCGAUGGUGAGGAUGAAGACUAGGGUAAUACGUACAUACAUAUAUUUGUAUAUGUAUAGUUCAUGGCAUAUUUGUAUGGAGGUGUAAUUCAAACAAUUUAUUGUAAUUAUUCUUUGCCAAAAAUCAAUAAGUUUUGUAGUA